AAACAUAAACUAAGUACUUGAAUUCACUUCACAGCCAAUGAUUUUCCAUAAGGGCAACAUUGAGUUCAUCCUAGAGUCCCUGGAAACAAGCUGCGACCAUGAUUAUGUGGAGUAUUUCCGCAAGGUGCCCAACUCAAAGUUGCUCUAUACUUUUCGAGUGGUUAAGUUGGCAUCUGCUUUCACCAUCGAUAUCAAUGUGAAAGUGAUUAAAACCCAGAGGGUUUUCUACAAGAUGGAAAACAUUAAGGGCUGUGAGUUUCUUAAUAACCCACUGUUGUUCAAAAUGUUUGGCGAGGUCUACAAUCACCUGGUGGUCAAUGGCAGCUACUUUAAGUGCCCCAUUAAGCCGAAGGUUUACUAUCUGAAGAAUGAGGGUACGGUGUCUAUAAUUCCAAGUAUUCAUCCACCUGGACGCUUUCAGCUGUCGAUGCGUGUGAAAAUGGCGGAAAGUCGUCGGCCGUUCGUUAUGGAAAUGUUGUGGAAGUAUAAAAUUGUGCGCAUCAAAUAA